AUGGCCAACUAUGCCAUCCGUGCUAACUUUGACACGAGCAUGUUCGACACCGUGCCCGACACUCUCAAUUCGAAUGCGACCUCGUAUAUCAUCUAUAACACAUUCUCAUCUGCAAAGACUGUCGAGAACAUGGUGGAUGAGUAUCUGUUGAUGAAUGACACACUGCUCAUCCCUUACGACCCGAUUGGCAUCAUCCCCGCAAUGAAGACGAUCCCGCUCUACUUUGAGUUCGACACGAUAAUGAUGGCAUGA